AUGGUCGAUUCGAGGCAGUACCUGACAGCCCAUACUGUGGAUGAUGCUACAACGCCCAAGGCGGUACUCUCAGCUGGCGGAUCGUCAACCCUCCACGUGCACGACACGACAGACCCUUCGUUCCCUUUGAAGCAGUCCAUCUCUAACGCGCACAAACUCGGCUGCCACCACAUUUGCACAUCGAGAAAUGGAAAGGUCGCAGCAAGUGCAGGCUUUGGCGGAGAGUUGAAACUUUGGACAGUAAAUCAAGACACUGGUGAAUGGUCAAACAGUGGCGAAAUCACCGGACCUGCAGUCAAACCGGGUGAGGUGUGGGCUUUAGCACUCAGCGAAGAUGGGUCAUAUCUGGCUAGCACGACAAACGACGGACGUAUCAACGUCUGGGACCUUACGGAUGAGAGUAAACCAAAGAUUCAAGAGUACGAGACAGGAAGCGCUGGGUCAGGCAGCUUUGGGAUGAGCGUCGAUCUCAGCAGAGAUGCCAAAUACACUGCCAGCGGUCAUCAAAAUGGAGCAGUGUACAUCUUCAACAACGACACGGGAAGAAUGUUACAUGCCCUAUCAGGACUAGCAAAACCUGUUCGAGCAGUAGCAUUCUCGCCUGCUAGCUCGAGACUUGCUGCCGCGGGUGACGCAGGAGUCAUUGCCCUGUAUGAUAUGAAGCACGGUGAACAUGUGGGCAAUUUGACCGGCCAUUCUUCAUGGAUUACGACAAUCGACUGGAGUGAUACUGGGGAGUUUCUACUCAGCGGGUCAAUGGAUGGCAAAGUCAAGGUAUGGUCAAUUGAGCGCAGUGCUUGUGUGGCCACACACAGCGAGACAGACAAGGCAUUGUGGACGGCGCGCUGGCUUCCCAAGUCGGGGAAAAGCGAGUUGUUCUGCACCGCGGGUGCGAAUAGAAGUCUGUCCUUCUACCGCGAGGCAACUGGAGCCUAG